ACUUUUAAGAAGAUUUUGUGAUGCAAACUGCAAAAAGUUGUUUCACGUUCCUUAAAAAAGUUUUGUAGGGACAGAACAAGUCUAACAAGAGAAUAUCAGACAGCACUUUACAGUUGAUUUUACAUGCAGAUUCUAAGAGAGUCACUAGCAGAUAAUAGGAAGUUCAACGGCUUUUGAUUUUACUGAGACAAAACUUUUGCUCCGUCAGAAGGGAAGUAUUUAGAUCUUUACAUCUUCUACAUAUCAGCUUGGAUAUAGUUUAAGGAAACACUGUAAGGUGCUCCAUUCCGAUGUAAAGAUGUUGAUUUUCCUAAACAGCUUGUUUGCAUUUGUUUUCUACCUAGGAGCAUCAUCUGCUGGUGGUAACCCCUGGAAUGCUGAAAUACCAAAUUCAGUAGUGGGUCUGUCUGGAUCAUGUGUGGUGAUCCCUUGUAAGUUCAACUACCCAUCAGAUGGAAAGACAUACAACGAAUUUACAGGAAUCUGGAACAAAGAUGCAUCGGACAUAAUCUACCACAAAGAGACUUCCAAAAUCAACAGCAAAUUCAAAGGUCGCACAACUCUUCUUGGUGAUCUGCAUCACAAAAACUGCACUUUGAAAAUCUACUCUUUACAUCACAGUGAUGCUGGACUGUACAUGUUUCGCAUCGAAAUCAAAGAUUUCAACCAGUACUCAUACGAGGAAAGUAAAGUUUCUAUUACAGUGAAAGAUUUACCUGAACAACCCAUCAUAUCUGUGAAUGAGGAAGUGAUGUCACAGAAAGAAAAGACCGCUACCUGUAUGGUGUCACAUUCCUGCCCAUCUGACCCGCCCCAGAUCACCUGGAACCAUGAAGGCACGCACACAAGUCAGUCACAGCCACAAGACCAUGGUCAAUGGAGAUUAACAUCAUCUCUGACCUUCACACCCUCCAGAGAAGAUCAUAAUAAACCUCUCAACUGCUCUGCAGAGUUCAGUGGUGGGAAAAAAGUGACCAGCAGCAAAACACUCAAAGUUAAAUAUCCUCCAUAUAAUUUAAAUGUGAAGAGUAACUCGCCGGUGAAGGAGAAUACAUCUGUUGAACUGAUCUGCUCCUGUGACAGUAAUCCACCUGCUAGUUUCCAGUGGAUUAGUUUAAAUGGAUCUGUGUUGGCUAAUGGACCCAACUAUAAACUGAAUCAUGUGUCCCGGACUGAAGCCAUAUCCUGCACCGCCAGUAACACAGAGGGAAAAAACAGCUCCGGUCCUCAGAGGAUUAAUGUGUUGUAUCCUCCUGAGAUCAAAAAGGAGUCUUUCUGCAAAUCAGAGCCUACAGUCUGUGUUUGUAUUGUGGACUCCAACCCACCCAGUGAAGUCAAGUGGCUUGGUCCCUCUGGAGCUUUCCCCAGCUCUAGCAUUGAACAAAAUGGUUUUCUUACCAUCUUUACCCUUCAGGGGUGGGAGGGUUUCCCUGACGCUAUCCAUUGCUUUGCCAGUAACAGCGAGGGAAACUCUGUCAUAACUAUCCAAGUCCCUAAUCAUCGUAUGAUCAUAUAUAUUGUGGUUGCCACAGCUGCUGUUUUAGUUACUUUAGUGGUAAUUUCCGUUUGUGUAACCAAAAGACACUGUAGGUGCAAAGCUCAGGAACAGCAUUUAAAUGAUAUGAAAGCUGACCCAAAUGAAAUGAAGACAACCCCAAAGUCUGGCUUACAAAGCAAAGAAGAGAAAAGCAAUGACAUUUACAUAAAUAACCAAGAUGACUUGAAUGAUUAUGAGAACUGGGGGUGUGAUGACCUCCCAUGUGGACAAGAUGAAGAUGAAGCAGUCUAUGCUAACACGUAAAAAUAAAUAAACACAUGAUUAACCUGUUUGUAUUAAUGAGAAAGGUUAAGUGCCUCACGGCAUAUAUUCCCUUGGCUAUGCAAUUUCUCUAUGGCUAUGCAAGUUUUUUUCAAGUGUUUUUUUUCUCAAGGCGUAGCAUCAAGUUCCUUAAUUCAGUGUAGGUAGCAAGACGGUUUUGUUUUAAAAGCAAAAGUUUCAUUUCCUCUUUUUGUAACUUUUUUGAGCCUAACUACCUAACUACUGUUUUUUUUUUUUUUUUUUUUUUUUCAUUAUAUUUGAACUAUUUUUUUUACUAAUACACUUAAUGGCUGAUUUGGCUCUAAAGCUUGUAUGGUCUCUGUGCAGGUGCAAAGCAAUUCUUGUAACUGAUAUGGAGGCUAAACGCUAUAUGAGUUAGUGUUACAGAAGGAGUUUUAACCGUGCAUAAGAUGCUUUUUGGAAUAUUCUCAUAUCAUGCAGGAAAAACAUGAAUCAUAAUCAGGUUUAGUAUCAUUUAUGAAAAUAAUGCAAACUUGAAUCCACACUGUUUUUAAAUGGCACAUACCAAAUACUAGAUAAAUAUUUUCAAUAAAAUUGCAAUAUUUUGUUGCUGUCAUGUUAAUGUAAUUGUGAACCAAUAACCAAUAUACCAUUAAUUUGUGUGAACAACCAGGUUGUAUGAGUAGUUAUAGCGGGACGGCAUUCGUCAAACUUUUAUGACCCCCUCCCCCACCCGCUGACAGGUGCUGUCUGACAGCUCGUGUUUGACAGGGGGCGGGACCAUCAAUCAAAAUCUGUACAAGUUGUCAACUUUAGACAGUGAGUUCGUAAUCGUUUUAUGACCGGUCAUUUAGUGGUUUGUUUUUCCUGUGUGUGUGUUUUAUGUCAAGCUUAUGUUGUUAUGUUUAAUGACGGCUCGUGUUUCGACAUUUGCCGUCGGUUUCUCUAUCUAUCAACCCCUCCUUUCUCACAAGCCCUGCAUUCUUUCACAGGGGUGCGUGUUGUAAAGCGAGUAAAGAUUUCUAAAACUCAACGUUGGUAAAAUAAUUCCCCAUUACGGUGUCAAAAAAGUAAAUGUUUAUUUUAGAUUUAUACAAAUCAUGAACAAUGCUAUGAUUAAAACUUUUGUUUGUAACAUCACAAGUUAUUUAAUUAAAUAUUCCGUAUACGUGUAUAGUUUAAGC